AUGAGACUCCGAUUGGUCGCUGGGCGCUGCUGCCAGCCCCUCCACGAUCCGUGCUGAAAUUAGUAGCAAGAAGGCAUGUAAUUGACAGAGUCACGUGUGCCGCGAGGGGGCCAGGGAGCGAGCACACACACAGAAGGGAGCAGCACAAGAGGGAAAGCACGCUAGACCAUGCGAGCUAAACUCGGGAUCGCUCCCAAUCAGGAUGUCACAUUGAUGCCACCAAUCACCCCCGUUCUAAAGGAAACUUUUCAGCUUUCGUUUGUGGAGCACUGGGCGUCAUGGCCGAAGGAGGUGCUGGAGAAGAACAAGAGAAGCUGCCAGAGGAGGAGGAGGAGGACACCCAAAUCCUGCGUGGUUCAGGCCACUGUAAAUGGUUCAAUGUGCGGAUGGGAUUCGGUUUCAUCUCUAUGACCAGUCGGGAGGGAAGUCCCUUGGAAAACCCAGUCGAUGUUUUCGUACACCAAAGUAAACUAUAUAUGGAAGGUUUUAGAAGUCUGAAAGAAGGAGAACCAGUAGAGUUCACAUUUAAGAGAUCUUCCAAAGGCUUUGAAUCAUUACGGGUGACAGGCCCAGGAGGCAAUCCCUGCAUAGGAAGUGAAAGAAGACCCAAGGGAAAGAUGGUUCAAAAAAGAAAGCCAAAAGGAGAUAGAUGCUACAACUGUGGUGGCCUUGAUCAUCAUGCUAAAGAGUGCAAUCUACCUCCACAGCCAAAAAAGUGCCAUUACUGUCAAAGCAUAAUGCACAUGGUAGCUAACUGCCCUCACAAGACGGUUCCACAGCAUCCAGCAGCCUCUCAGGGAAGAUAUGAAGCAGAACUGCAGCCUUCCACUUCUGCUUUUCAGAGAGAAGGAGGAGGUGCUUUAGGCUAUUCAUCUCCAUCAUAUUCUCAGGAGGGAAGAUCGGAGCUCUCAGAACAUUCAAGCAGGUCACCGCAAGAAGCUUCCUUAAGUAAGAUGUCUACAUCGCCUGAAGAACAAAGCAGGAAGGGGCCUUCUGUUCAAAAGAGGAAAAAAACUUAGCAUUGUCUUGGUGUCUCCCUUAAAACUGACCUUCUCUUGGAAGUUCUACCUCAUACAAGUACAGGGGAAAUCAUUUCAUUUUUUUGCAACAUAUCUGGAAUUUUAACUACUGUUUAGGAACUGUGAAUUAAAUCUACAAAAAGACAAAUCACUUCAAGCAAACUGAACAUGCAGGGUGUUAUUCUCUUACCUCAUUUGUGUGUGUGUCUGUGAGCAAUUUUUUUUUUAAUGUAUACUCCUUAUAAUUUUUCAUAAAAUGAGUAUAUAUAUGUAUGUGUGUGUGUAUUCACAACAAACUGCAUUCCUAGCAUUCAUCAGAGAAUGAAGCAAUACUCAUUAUUAUUUCCAAACACUCCUGCUAUUUAUUUUCUUAUCUCCCACCUUUAAAUUAGUAUUGUGCUUUCCCAUGUGUUUUUACUAUUUAGGCUCAGUGACCUCUCACCUAUAUAUUGUAUUAACAUAUCCCAGUUGUUGCUUUUCAUUUUUUUUAUUGUUUUUUAAAUCAUUGUGAAUGCCGAUUUUUCCUUCAUUGCUUUAGGUAUUCUCAAAUAACACUGUGUUCAGGUGGGAGAAUUUCUGAACAUACAGCGAAUAAUCAUGAACUUUAGGAUAAAUGCAUUGUUUUAUAUACUGAGUGAUACUGUAUGGGGUAAAGAAUGCAGUAGUAAAAAACAUUAACAAAGCCCCCAUCUUCAUUACUAGGGUCUAGACUGCAGUAGCACACAGAUUCAGGUUUGUUUUGUUAUUUACACACUUUUACCAUGUUGACUUUAAAACAUGCCAGAAUAUGGCAGCUGAUCUUUCUUUUAAUUCUUUAGGUUUGAGUCAUCUGCCUCGUUAACAAAUGUAGUCUCAUUCAACAUGAACCUGGCAAAUAAGAAAUAAGCCUAAUGCCUGUAAGAGCAGGUACUAGCAGGGGUCUCAAGAAAAAGACUUUUGGGUGUCUGGUGGGCCAGGAACCGAUGCACAUUCUCUAUUGAUUUGACCUCCAAGUUGUGCACUGGCCUACUGCAUCCCACAAUACAAACAUUAUACACCUGAAGACAAUAGUAGAGUCUACAUUGCACCAUUAAAUCACAUUUUUCUUUUGGCUAACUUGUGGGAUAAAGCAGCACUUAAAUUAUUUAGAAACCUCUGUGAUGAUGUUGAAUUUUUAUUUUUUAUUUUU